AAAACCGCCUUGCCCUUCGUUCUUAUAAUCGAUAGGAGGAGGAGGGGAAUCGUCGAUCAUCCCAAAUGGCAGACGGCGGCGACUGCAAGGCGCAGAACGGAACCUUCAUGGAAACACUAAACGACGCCGCCGCCUUCUUCCUGCCCUCCAAACUCCUCCACUCCCUCAGCGACGUCCUGCCCUUCCUCCAAUAUCCCGGCGGUGGCCAGCUCCUCCGCCUCCUCCGCCGUUUCCUCCUCUCUGCCUUCCACGUCCUCCUCUAUCUCCUCUCCUUCCUCCUCUUCCACCUUCCAUCUCCUCCUCAUCCCCCUCCGCCUCAUCCUCUCGCCGCCUCCGGCUUCGCCGUGGCCCCUCUGGCCGAUGGCUCUCGCGCUGGGCGCGGCCUCUCGCGCGUGCUCUUCGCCGUCGCGCACGUCCCGGUCGCCUCCCGCAAGUACGACUUCGUCCGCUCCCUCGCCGAGCGCAUCCUCGACGACAACCUCCGCGCAACCGGCGGCGCGGACCUCCAGACCCUCAACCGCACCGCCCUCUCCGCCGCGUUCGCGAGGACGCUCCACGGCCUCGAGGAGGCCUUGGCCGCAGAGGCGGCGUCGGCGAGCGGGGUCCGGUCGGGGGGGCGAAUCAUGGGGGUGUUGAAAUCGAGGUUGAGAGCGUGGGCGGCGGGGAGGGUGGUUCCGCCAGCGGGAGAGGAAGGGGCGGGCGGAUCGGCUGAGAAGCUGGCGGCGGAGGCGAUGUGGCUGGGGCAGAAGAUGGCGGAGAACGGGGCGGCCGCGGAGGCAGUGGCCAUGUGGGGGACGGCGUCGAGGCUCGCGGGUCUCGCCGUCGUCGCCGAGCCUCGGCUGCAGGUGGCCAUCGUCCGGGUGUGUGCAUUCAUGUUCAUUCAUGCCAGCUCCAAGCAACUGGAAGAAGAGUGUGGAGCGGAAAAGGGAGAAACAAGUUUAGCAAGCCAUCAAAUAUCAAUGUUGAAGUCAUGGCUGCCAUUGCUUUGUUGUGCAUGCAGUGGUGUAGACGCCCCAAUACUAAGCAGUAAGGAGAGAGCAGAGAUGGUGAGUUUGCUCGGAGAUAUGAUUGGGAAGUUUAAUUGGGACCAGCAAGAGGAGGUAUUGUCGCUCUGGCUUUAUCACUUCACUAAUUGUCCUGAUUCUGACUGGCCUAAUCUGGAAUCCUGCUACAUACGUUGGUACUUAGAAUCUCAAGAGCUCUUUCUGAAAUGACAUAUAGUUUGCCUGUGUCAAAUCGAAUAAUAAUAGGUAUAUGUUUGCUGCUUGCUGGUGCUUCUACGGAGGAGCCAAAUCCAAUUACCACUAUACGGUUACAGUCAGUCAUCUGGUAUAUCGGUAUACAAUUUAAUGUACUACGAUGGAAAAUAGAUGUAAACCAAGUAAAUUGGGUAUACUUUGAUGUAUAAAUGAAAUAAAGAAAAGUUUUUCAUAAUUA